AAAUCUAAAGCAUUACCGUAUAGUGUACGAGUUUGGCCCUGCAGCAGCUCAUGCAUCUCUGCCCAUCUCCUUACCGCGUCACCCCCAGGGUGAUGCUUGCUGAAUCCUGCCCCCACCCCUCCUCGGCUCAUUCGAAUUACAUUUACAUUAACAAUUAGAAGCCGGGGCUCUCUCGAGCGUGUAGACCGUGCCGGUGCUAAUAGUGCGGCUAAGCGAUGCGAUAAGGCGAGAAAUACCGAGAGAGAGAGAAUGAGAGAGGGCCUUCAACCGCCUCCCCCCCACCCCAUCCUGCGGCCUGUCUAGAUUACGAGCUAAAUGCCGCAACGCACGCGAGCGAAUCAGGGAAGCUAAAGCCAAAUACUCGAAUCUCACCAUCCUACCUCUCUACGUUUACUCCGCGCGAUCUGUGCUUUGCUUCGAACCAGCCCCUGCCCCCCCCCCCCAUUCCAUCACGCUUCUAGACCGCUAAGAUUCUACCUCAUGCGGGACCGGGAGCAUGAAUAUGAGAACCACAGGAUCCGUAAAGCGCGGUGCUUUAUUUAAACCCCUUUGGGUGGGAGCAAGGGAGGGGGGGAUUCAAAGGAGAUGGGAGAUAGAACCUAAAAUUGUCAGAAAGAGCUAGAAACAGUCAGGGACAACAACUGCAACAGCUAAGAACUGGGGGUUGAAUUGAGACAGGCUAGUGAGCGGCAAAAAAAAGGAAGGGAGGAAGGUAGGGAGGAUCAGGAUCAUUCAGGCAAAUCGGGAGGGGAGAGGGUGGAGUAUGGUACGCGUCGGGUAGCGAGGUGUUGGGUGCAGGAUGGUGCGGUGAAGAAGUGGGAAAGGGGGUUAUAGCAGCUAUUAGGGAGUCAGUGUGAUAUCUCUUGGAUCUACUACUUUCGGGGGGUACAUGGGUGUGAUGAUGAUGAUGAUGAGUGCAUUCGUGCGCGCGUGCGUACGUGUGUGUGUGUGUAUGUGUGUGUGUGGGAUGUAGACACAGAGGACACAGAGGAGAUACAUAAUACGCAUACCCAUGCGCGCGAUCAGAGUCACCGGAUGCUUCCUUCCUAACCAACCCCCUCACUUAGUAGGCUUACGUAAAUGGUCUCGUUUUGAUGGACUCUAGGCCACCUCCAAACUCUCCCGCUGGAGGGGGAAGGAGGGGCCCAUUUUUUGUGGAACGCAUGCAUGCGUGUAUUUAUUAACAAAGAAGAAGAAGGAGAAAACGAAGAAGAAGAAGAAAACUAAACUCUUAAAACAAACGAAAAGCGAAAAGCAACCGCAACACAGCGCAAUCAUACCAGCAACAUGAACAUAUUCCCUCAUACUGAGGCGAAUGAUGAUGAUGAUGAUGAUGGUGAACAACUCUCAUGCUUUGUUUUUCUCGUUUAUCUCUCUCUCUCUCUCUCUCUUUCUGUCUCUCUCUUUCACUCUCUUACGCGCACUCUUUUAUAUUCCUUACUCUUAUGCAUAUACAUAAAAUAUACAUAUACAUAUAUUAUAUAU